UGUUGGCAUUGUCUUACGUGUAUUAGAAUGAGAAAAUAACAUUUGAGUUACUUAACCUAACUUAAAAAAAUUUCUGUAGAUUUUAUUUAUUGAAUUUAUAAAAAAAAAUAAAUAACGCGAUGUCAGAUGUUUUGAAAUUUGGACAGAAUGGAAAAAAUAAAUCGAAAUUUAGUGAAUGGCUUCACUAUCUUACGACAUCACGCGGUAGAUUUUUCUCAUAUAAAGUUAUGGGUGCCGUGUCAAUUGGAAUUCCAACAUUUUUUGCGUCAUACCAAACUUUUUUCAUUGAUUAUUAUUUAAAUUUUGUGCGUGCUUAUAGAAACGGCUUGCCGCUCGAAGUGCCCGAGGAACUGGAGUCUUUAGUUGAUAAAGCAUCAGACCGAGUGAAGUUAACGGUGGUGGAAGCAACUUACUUAAAAGCGUUUAUGAUAUCGGGUUUUGAUAUAAGAACUUACGGAUCAGUACACUCAAGGUAUUCUGGAUGGAUUGGAUUGCCACUAAAUUAUAUGUAUUCGACGUCACAAGACAUUGACCGAAUGAACCUAAAACUUCGAACAGAGCAAAUUGAUUGGAACAGUAAAUACGGUGAAUUGUUGGAAAAAUCAUUGGUUUUAACUGAGGAUGAAAAACUUUUCGGAAUACUACGUUCUGUGUUGGAGCUACGCAACUACAAUCAUAUACACACUACACUUGUACCAGGUGCCACCAUUUUCGCACUAUAUUCAUCCGCAAGAGCCAUUAACGACAGAUACAAUUUAUUUCAAAUCCCAAGAUCUGGACGAAUGCUUGUCUAUACAGUACUUUCGUUCUUUGCAUAUGGAAUUUAUUCAUUUAUCACUGAUACAAUUCGGAUCUCACAAGUGUCCAGCAUCGACAAGGCGUUGGUAGAACUUGGUACAGAUGUAAUUGAAUCCGGAAUUCGUUUUUACGAGAAGCUGCUAAGAAAAAAUAUUGCCAUUCGUGAAUUAAGUGGAAAAGAUUUAUAUUCAGUCAAAGGAAAUGAGUAUCCAGGGCUUCUUCGUUUCAAUGUUUUUCCGUUGACUACGCGAAAACUGUUCCUUCAAACGGCAUUACAAGAAACUAAAAAAAAAGAAACAGAGGAUGCGAAAACUGACUGUGAGGAUAAUAUAUCAUCUUAAUGAGAAAAUAAAGAUAUUGUUCAUUUUAUUUCGUAAAGUAAGAGAUGCGAUAUUAUUGAAUAAAUAUAGAAAAUUAUUAGAACAAUAAAAAA